GAUUUAUUUAGUAUUUUGAAAUGGGAAAAUUCUUGAAACCAGGUCGUUUAGUAGUUAUGCUUGCCGGUAGAUAAGCUGGAAAGAAGGCUAUUUUGAUUAAAGCAAAUGAAGAAUCAACUAAAGAUGCAAAAUUCCCUAAUGGUUUAGUGGUUGGUAUCUAGAGAUAUCCCAGAAAGGUAACCAAGAGAAUGGGUUAAAAGCAAAUCAGAAAGCGAACUACAUUGAAGGUGUUCAUUAAAUAAUUAAAUCUUAAUCACAUUAUGCCAACAAGAUAUAGAUUAGAGGAAUCAACAUUGAAGGAAGUCAGAGACAGAAUUGAGAGAGUUAAGGAAGCUGAAUUAAAGAAUGUUGAAAAAAGAAAAGAAUUGAGAAAGAAUCUUAGAAAAUACUUAGCUGAGAAAUACAGAACAUUACCAGCAGGUAGUUUGGCUGAUAAGAAAGCUUAAUCAAGAUUCCUAUUCUCAAAAUUGAGAUUCUGAUAUAAUAAAGUAUAAUAUAAAAUAUAUUUAUUAUUGUAAUUCUUUAUC